AAAAGAUGCUCUGCUCGUACCCACGACAGGAUGGUGCAACGUGCUCGGUCCUCAUCGGUUCAGGUUACUUAUUUCCGGCUGACCUGUGCCGGCUUUACUUUUAUUUCUGGGCCUUCCAAAGUGAGACGAUGACGAAGAGGAAGAUCCACGUCCACCCGAGAGUACGUAGUAGAGCUAGAGACCUCCCCGGGGACGUUUUUGCACCGGAAAACGAAAAGCAAAAGCAUUAAACGCGCGCAGCUACUAGCUACGCGACCGUUAAAAAAAAAAAAAUGGCCUUCACGACCGCAUCGUCCGCGGGCAAAGUUUGCCUCGUCGUCGGCCUUGGGGGCCAGGGCAUCGGUGACCAUGUCGCGAAGAAAUUCGCGAAAGAGGGCUACCGGGUCGCGGUGUGUGCCCGGACGGAGAGGAACGUGCUACGACUGGCAGAAGAGAUCAACGCAGCAGCAGCAGCGGGUGGUAAUACUAAUACCAAUACGACCACUCCUGUUUGCAAAGCCUACACCUGUGACGCCGUGGAGAUGACUCAGAUGAAGCAAACCGUUGCAGAGGUAGUGAAGACAUUUGGAACCAUUGACACGGCGAUCUACAAUGCGGGCGCCGGUGUUUUCAAGCCGUUUGAUCAAGUAACGGAAGAAGAGUUCGACAUGUCGCUUCAGGUCAACUGCAAGGGGGCCUUUAACUUGGCGAAAUGCGUGGUGCCGCUGAUGGAGGGGAAAAAGACAGGCGGGGUGAUCGGGUUCACUGGUAAUACUAGUGUCUCCUCAUCGAGUUCGAGAUCGACUUUUAUUCGGGUUUGGUGUUUCACUUUGAUGUGCGGUGUGAUCUAGUGCUGUAGUCAAGUUAGUCUACUGUGUCUCUCUUAUGCAAAAAUUCCACCGGCGACAAACUGUGACAGUCUAAUAUCACACGACCUCCCAGGCGCGACCGCUUCGUGGCGCGGCAUGCCGUUCACCCCGGGAUUCGCUCCGGGGAAAUUCGUAUGAACUGCAAAAGUGUCUGGGUCUGGAGGGAUGCAGAGGUUUGUGAUGCAGCUUUGGCAUGACCCACAAGGGCUACCAUGCACGCCCCAGCAUCACAGGUUUUUAGAAGGUCUCUUAAUGCGUAAUCCGCAUGACAAAACCCUUCUUUCGCUGGCCAGAAAGGUGCAGCUUUUGGCUUCCAUGCAUGACAGAUUUUUGUGUCAUGUGAAAUGGAAUGCGCAUCACAAGUUCGCAUCCUUCCAGCCCCAGACACUUUUGCAUUUGAUAAUUCGCCUUGCGCGCGUUAUCCCAGGCCCUGGCGCGGGACCUCGGGCCGAAGAACAUUCACGUGUUUCUAUCCUAUGUAAAAACGUCCCCACGACGACGACCCCAUAGUCAAGAUGGGGAAUCGGCUAAACAAAUCCACAAGUUUUGGCUGUUUUGCAUGACAAAUUUGAACCCGUAGCUAGUGUAGUGGUGUUUGAGCUAGCUCAGCAGCAUCACAGAUCUAGUAUAUCAUGCUGCUUGGAGCCUGACAAAUUCCAACACAUGACUAGAGAAGGCUUUUAUGGGGCUCCGCAUGAGAAACAUUUCCAGCAUGCGGAUUUGCAUUACAGCUAUGGGCGUUUUCCAAUACGAUAGUUUCACGCCAUCAUUGAUGGGGUGGUGCAGAUGCCGAAGACAAAGGAUUGGAUGCCGAAUAAACCAGCUGAGCAGUUUUUGCCACCCGCGGACAUUGCGGACUGCUACUGGUUAUCCUGCUGUGCAAAAGUAUCGUACUCGUAUUGCAAUCAUGCAUUACAAAUCAUCUUGCUAAGAGCAAAUCAGCAUUACAAAUUUUAUUUCUUAUGCUGAGGAAAUUUGUAAUGCAUUUAGCCGAGUACGAUUCUUUUGCAAUGUAUACUGGUUUUUGAACCAGCAGCCGAAAAGUUGCUGGACGACAGAGAUAAAUCUCGUGCCCGGACCCGUGAUGGAUACCAUGGCGUCGAUUUGAGACGGAUAAAUAAAGUUCUGCUAGACUUCCUGAAGACCAACAUGGAUACACUACAGAAGGACAAGAAAUU